CACUCUCCCAAGACCAUUCCAACCUCCAAAAUGACCCCACUUUCUCUCUCUUCUUCCCUCAUUCUUCACGUCUUAAAAACCCAUUUCAUUCUCCUCCCUCUCUUCAAAAUCCCCCAUGAAACACUUUUUUCCCAUAAAAAAUGAAGCCCAAAACCCACCCAAACCCAAAACCCGCCCAAAAGAGAAAAAUGACCCGUUUUUAUCCAACACCACUUCCACUUUGUUUUCGCCCUUGUACUACUACUCUUGAAUAUCAUCACAAAAAAGAACACCAAAAUUCAAGCAUUAAAACAACUUAUUCUACUCCAAAUUUAACUACUUGUAUAUACCAAACUCAUUUGGGUAUGUUCUCAUUAACUUGGUCACAUUCCCUUUUUUCCCACUCUUUUAAUCUUCAUCUAUAUCCUCUCCCUUCUCCCUCUACACCCCCUUUUUCUCUCUCUACACCUUCUUUUCAUGUUACCUUAAAACCCUUCAUUUUUUGGAACAAAAUUGGGGUUAAAAAGCUUCCACCUUUAUUACCCUCCCAAAGCCCAAUUUACAUCUUUUGGGAUCUUGCAAAUGCAUGGUUCGGACCCGGACCCGGACCCGUUUCUGGGUUUUACAUUGCGGUUGUAUUUGAAGGGGAGAUUGUACUUUUAGUUGGGGAUAUGGAAAAAGAAGCUUUUUUGAAGAUUAAAGGGAAGAAAGUUGCAAUUUUUAAUGAUUAUAAUGAGAGAAAGUUACAAUCUUUGGUGAUUAGAAGAGAACAUGUUUUUGGGAAUAAAUUUUAUUCUACAAGAAGUGAAUUUGGUGGGAAAUCUAGAUUAAUUUUGAUUGAAUUAAAUACAAGUAAUGAAGAGGAUCCGAGAUUAGAGAUCCGUUUUGAUUCAAAACGGGUCUUACAAGUGAAGCAUUUGAGAUGGAAAUUUAGAGGAAGUGAAAGAAUUGAAAUUGAUGGGUACCCAAUUCAACUUUCAUGGGAUGUUUAUAAUUGGUUAUUUGAGGAAGAUUGUGGUACAUUUAAUGAUGAAGGUUAUGCUUUAUUUACAUUUAGAUUUGAAAAGGAAAAUAAUGAAGAACAAAAAGUGAAAAAAAAUGAAGAAAAUGGUCAAAGUAAUAAAGGGCAAAAUGGUAAUAAUGAUGACAAAAAAGGGGUAAUUUGGUCACAAGAUUCAUGUGGGUUGAACUAUGAAAGGAAGAAAUUGAAGAAAAAAUUGUUGGUAAAAACAAGAAGUGCAUCUUCUUCUUCAAUUUCAUCAACAUCAUCAAGUAGUUCAAUUUUGGAAUGGGAAAGUGUUGAAGAAAAUGAAUUGAAAUGUCCAAAUGGGUUUUCUUUACUUUUUUAUGCUUGGAGAAGUUGAUAUUCUCGUUAUAAAAACUAUAAUUAGAUUGCCACUUGUGAGAUCCUUAGAUUUUUGAGUAAAUAUUUUACUAAUCUUUUUGUUGAUUUUUUUUUUUUUUUAAUCAUUGAAACUAAUACAUUUUGAUGAUAGAUUGUACUCCUUAUACAAAAAAUAUAGGUGGAAAAAAAAUCAAAAUCAAAAACAUUUUUUUUUUUUUGUUUAGAUUGAUAAUGAUUGAUGAUCUACUAUGAUUCAUAAUUGUGAGAUUUGAGCAAAGUUUGUUGAAUGUUAAGAAAGGUUUGAAUUUGUGUUUAAUUACAAUGCCAACGCUUGAUUAUUACUUCUUUUACAUUGCUUUAAUUUGCCUCAAAAUGGUAAAGAAAUCUAGGAAUAGUAUGAUUUUAUGAUGAAUACUUUUGUUGGCAAAUUUCUGGUCCAAGUUAUGACUAGAUUUUCUUAACUAAAAGCGGCGGAGAAUAGAAAUACUAGUAAGUAGUAAGACUAGUAACUACUUG